AUGGCACACACAGUGGCCCCUGCAGAGAUCUCCCUACUGCAGGCAUCUUAUGCCGAGCCUAUUGAUGUUGCAAAAGAAGCACUUGUAGAUAUAAUUCCCAUCGAUUCUGAUGAUAUCCCAACUCCUAGUUCUAAUCUUACCGGAACACGUACUUUCGAUGUCGUAGAUUUGGAAACCGAACCGGCAGAAGAGGUCUUCAACGUCAGCCUCCUCGACUGCAUUAUGCCGAAGAUGUACAUCCCAAUCACCUGCACAUACCGAAUCGAUGAUGGUCUCGACAUUGAGUCUGUGAUAACCGACCUCUGUUCGGGGCUCAAGAGGCUACUGGCGGAUUACCGCUUUCUGGCAGGAUCGCUUUUCGAGACCGACGCUGGAACGUCCUUUGUGAAGCGCGGACCAUCUCAUGCAAGAUUCACCGUGCACAUCGAGGACCAUACCGGAGGAGAAUUCCCAUCUCAUGACCAGCUGGCGGAGCGUCACUUCCCUGUUUCGGAACUCGACGCUCGCAUGCUCCCACCAGACUUCGAGCCAAGUCCCACGAAUAAUGCAGGAGAGGGCAAUCCCGCGAUGCUCGUGCAGUUCAACAUUCUCAAGGGCGGCCUGGUAAUCGGUGCGGUAUUCCAUCACCUCCUGAUCGAUGCGAAAGGCUUGGAUGCCGUGAUGUCCCACUGGGCCGCUCACACCCGCUCGCUGAGAAACGGCACACCACGUCCACGCUUCAAUCCGUCUGACCUCAACAUCCCUCGCCUGAACUCAGCCAUACCAGACACUUUCGACAAGACCAAGCAACCGGUCCCUUCUCUUAAAUACGCACCAAACGCCCCUCCAACGUCAGACAUUCCGCCCUCAGCAAUGGCCCAGCACAUCUGGCACAUCCCAGCCAGCAAGCUCGCAGCCCUCAAAGCAUCCGCCGCGCCGCCGGCCCCCGGAGACGCGUGGGUCUCGACAAACGACUGCAUCACGGCACUCAUGUGGCGCGCAGUGACUCGCUCUCGUCUCGCGAUGCACAACAUCGCCGACCCCUCCACGGACUCCCGGCCCGUGGCGCUGGAGAACUCACUCGACGUCCGGGCCUCGAUCACGGGAGGGGUGCCCGCCGCGUACCCGGGCAACGUGGUCAUGUUCUCCAAGGCCGUCAUGCCACUCAAUGAGCUUGUGCGCCAUGACACCUUCCGCGCCGUCGCGGUGUGCGUGCGCGAGACGGUCGACAAGUUCCGCGCCUGGACCCUGGUCCAGCGGGCCAUUAGCUGGAUCGCGUCGGUCCCGCGGGGUGCGGAUGUCGCCAUGGACGUUGACGUUGUCAUGGGUCUGGACGCGCUCGUGACGAGCUGGCGGGUUCUACGGGCGUAUGAGAGGUGGGAUUUCGGCUUCGGCCCGCUGGGGGCGCUUAGGUGGGCUACGCCUGUGUUUGACGGGUAUGGUUUCUUGUAUCCUACGCGGCUUAAUGCGGGUGCAGAUGAGGGAGUGGAGAUUUAUUUGGGGCUCGAGAAAGGGUGCAUGGAGAAGCUUGUCAUGGAUGAGGAGCUAUCGAGUUGGGCUGAGGUUCGAGACUAG